GACAGGACUAUGGACUCUCCCGCUCACCCCCUCAGUUCGGCUCCAUCUACCACGUCCGAGGUGUCAUUAACCUGCCCUAUGCUGAGAUCGAGGAGCCCUUCGAAGCCUGGUACAACCUGACAGGAAACAAGAGCCGCAUCCAGUAUUAUGGGGGGCAGGUGAUAACCUACCAGCUGGCAUCAGUGAAACCCUACGGGAUGCGGUACAAGAUCACACCAGAGACCACUGAGGGAGGUAAGGAGGUAAACACCAGGAAAUGCUUCCAGCUCCCUGGUUCCAAGGAGGACGUGGUCAAAGCUCAGAGUGUCUUCCCCAGUAUGGAUGGUUUCAAGUUCCUGCGGGAGGAGUAUUACCAGGGCCGGUACUGCGCCGUCUGGCAGAACAUCACCCGUUGGGCACAGAAGAAGAACGUCUACACCCUUUGGGUGACCAACUCCAGCUGUGGGGUGGCCCCCGUCCACUAUGAGAUGCGGGGCUACAACAGCUUGCUGGGCUCCCACUACGACAAGUACGAGAUCUCCUACAUCGAAUUUGACAACAGCUUCCCCCCCUCCAUCUUCGACCCCCCCAUCAACGAGACAAAGAAGUGUGGGGACCUGCCGGGGAAUGCAGUGGAGCACCGGGUGUUGGCAAACCCCAUGGAGGACUUGGUGGGACGGCACCAACCAUGGGCCCAUGAGGUUUUCCAUCACUACCGUAGGCAGUUGGGGUGGCGAUACGGCUCCGUGCGGGAGCUGGAGCACAGGCAGAGCAUCUUCGUGCACAACAUGAGGUUCGUGCACUCGAGGAACCGCGCCGCGCUCUCCUACACACUGGCGCUGAACCACCUGGCCGACCGCACGCCCCAGGAACUGGCUGCUCUGCGGGGCCGUCGCCGGAGCGGGGCUCCCAACAACGGGCAGCCCUUCCCCACCCAGCUCUACACCGGCCUCAUCCUGCCCGAGAGCCUGGACUGGCGCAUGUACGGCGCUGUGACCCCCGUGAAGGAUCAGGCCGUCUGUGGGUCCUGCUGGAGCUUCGCUACGACGGGCGCCAUGGAGGGUGCCCUCUUCCUCAAGACCGGCGUGCUGACCCCCCUGUCCCAACAAGUCCUCAUCGACUGCUCCUGGGGCUUUGGGAACUACGCCUGCGACGGGGGCGAGGAGUGGAGAGCCUACGAGUGGAUCAAGAAACACGGUGGCAUCGCCAGCACCGAGUCCUACGGUGCCUACAAGGGACAGAAUGGCUUGUGCCACUACAACCAGUCUGAGAUGUUGGCCAAGAUCACGGGCUACGUCAACGUCACCUCAGGUAACAUCACAGCAGUCAAAGCUGCCAUCUACAAGCACGGCCCCGUGGCCGUCAGCAUCGAUGCCUCACACAAGACCUUCUCCUUCUACUCCAAUGGCAUCUACUAUGAGCCCAAGUGUGAGAACAAGCCAGGAACACUGGACCACGCGGUGCUGGCCGUGGGCUACGGGGUCCUGCAGGGAGAGACCUACUGGCUGAUCAAGAACUCCUGGUCCACAUACUGGGGCAACGAUGGCUACAUCCUGAUGGCCAUGAAGGACAACAACUGUGGUGUGGCCACCGAAGCCACCUACCCCAUCCUGGCCUGAGCCACCUCUCAGCUCUGCAGGGAGAACCCUUGGGUGAUUCUCUCAGCAUCCAUCCCUGGAUCAUCCCCUUUGGUGGGACACUUCACGCAGGAGGAAGCUGGGGACACUGUGGGACAGGGCCAUGGGGUGCUGGACAAAGGGCUGGAUCUUGCCAAUAAAGACCCUGGAGAAAUAC